UUCAGCAUUGCAUGCUAACGAUUCGGUAAUGUAGCAAGUUUUACUACAAUUUUCACAUGAAGAGUGACUGAAAUACUGUUUCUAUUGUUCUAUGGAUGGAUUUCGAAGAAAGAAGUGAGGUUUUACCUUGAUAUUUUGUGCGAAAACGAUUUUUGAGACUCGUUGAAGUUGGAAACCCUUCGUUUUUCGACGAAGAGUUUCGUUGAAUGAUUCUUCGAAAAGCUUUGCGAAAAUCGUUCGAUUUGAAGUUUUUUCUGGAAGUUUUUGCUGCAAUUUGGGUGAGAGAAUAGAGGAACGGGAGGAAGAAUGGAGAGAAGGCGGGACGGUUGUCGCGAUCACGUCUGCAAUUCAAAUUGUCAGAAGGAGAGAAGGCGUGAUUACCUUUUUGCCCCGCGUGUAUUUAAUUGCCAUGAUCUGACGGUUGGGAAGAUGGCGCGAUGGACGGUCAGAUGGACGGUUACUGACCGUUACUGAUAGGUCGGUUACUGAUAGGAUCCGGACCCCUUUUUUGUGCCAAAUUGGGUCCGAUCCAUGGACUCGAUUUGCGUGCUAAACAUUGGGCCCACUUUAAGGCUUAAUUAGAUGAGCUGAGGCUUUGAAUUGAUUGGGCUACUGAUUGAGAAUGUAAGUGCAUUUAACUGGAGCCAUUGUAGACAAUUCAGAUUCAGUGACCAAUUUGUUGCGACAGACUUAAGUGACUGCUUAUGUAUUGUGUGAUUUUGUUUUUCAUAAAAUGAAACGAACGGAGUAGAAACAAACACCAAAAACGAAAAAGGAAAAAUCCGGAAUUUCUAAGUUCAUCCCCACGCUUUCCACACUUGACGACACAACACGCAAAGCAUAGAAGGACACGUGGCAGGUUACUAUUCGCAACUGGCACGGUAGCAUGUGCUUCUUCUUUUCCUCUUUCUCUCUCUGUCUAUUUGUGUACUUUCUCUAGAUCCAAACACCCCCUUUCCCUCUCUUUCCUUCGUACCCUUUCCCACCUAGUUCCGAGUUUCUCCGUGUGCGUGCUUCGCUCUCUCCUCGGUGCGUCCGUUGUCCCGAUCCGAGAGGGAGGUUCUCUUCUCGCGCUUUUCUCAUCUUCCAGCCCAUUGGAAACGAGGUUUGGCUUUCUUCCUCCUCCUCCUCCCUUUGUUUGAUUGAUUCAUUUACUGUUCCAUCUCUCAAUUGUAGAGGUCACUCGGCUGAUUAGGGUCCUUGGUGGCGAAUUGGUCCAAUGAGGGUAGAGGAUUGUUUGUAGUGACGGAUAUGUGCUUUUUGAAUUGGGAUUAGUUGGAUCUGAUUGAUAGCCUGCCUCUAGAAUGGUUGGAUCAUUGUUUGUUGGUUUUGUUUGAACUCCAGAAGCAACCGGUGUGUAUCAAUUGCGAAAAGGAAUUCUAGGCUAGCGUAGAUUUUAUUUGUUUUUAUUUGAAUCUGAGGUAAUUUGAUCGUGAGAUGGAAACGGAUCUAAUUCUCAGGGUUUGAAGUAUUGUCAUGUCGAGUGUUUGAUCUGAUCGCAGUUCGUUUUACCUGCUGAAAUGAAUGCCUUAGAUCUGUGCGGUUUGUCAAUUUUUGUUGUAUGGUAUGGUGUGAAUUUGCCUGCUUGGCUUUUUAAUCCGUGUUGCACUUUUUUGCGUAGGUGAUGUUUGAUUGGCGUUUUUACUGGGUUCUUUUCCUGGAAUAGAGAAGGCAAUGUGAGCAGUUUGUCCCAUAUUGGUGAUUGUUGCUUCUUCCACCGUCGUUCUGGAUUUAGUAUUUGGGCUCUUCUGUCUCGGUGUAUGAAAAGAUGGGCAGAUGCAACGGUUGUGCAAAGGCGAGAUGGACCGCCUCAAACAGGCCGACAAGAAGAAGAGGCGCCUGGAAAAAGCACUGGCUACUUCAGCCGCCAUUAGGUCCGAACUAGAGAAGAAGAAGAAGCAGAAGAAGAAAGAAGAACAAUAGAGGCUCGAUGAAGAGGGUGCUGCAAUAGUAGGGGCAGUAGCGCUGCACGUUCUACUUGACGCGAGGACUCCACUGAUGAUUUUCGUCACCAAAUUGUACUACAAAAAGUAGGGUUCGAGUUCAACCCGUGGGGUUGUGCAUCCGGAAAUGUCAACAUCUACAUGGACAAGAGUGGAGCAGCAUUCCUCCCACAUUAUUACCGUUCUGCCGAUGGUGGUGAAUGGGCGUCGUUCUCUUAUGGCUCCCUUGGAGGAAUGGACGUACGGGGAUCGUACUUUGGUCAUGAACGGGGAUGGGGAGCUGCAGUUGAAUUCUCAGCUGGUCUCAUUGUAGCUCAGGCUGUUUCAUCUCUACAAUUGUGGAGGAGGAUGCUGUCGACACAUUUCGUCUUGGACGGGAUGCUGAGGGGAUAGAUAGAUAGAUAACAUUCACAUUGGAGCAGUGAUUCUCUGGUUUGCUUCUCAAAGGAGUCAAAAUCUCAUUAGUCCAUCACUUCUGAACAAAUUCUUUGUUGUAUCUACACAUAAUAUAAUACACCGAAGGGAAAAACGGGAGCCCCAUUUCAAAUUUCCUGCAACGAGAGUGAAAGUAGGAAGGACAUUUUGGUCUUCACACUUACUUUUUAUAAUUCAUUAAAAAGACACGUAGUGGGAUUCGAACCAUGACCAUUUUAAGGAAAAGUAAGGAUUAUAACCAAUCACACUAAAUACAUUUGUUGCAUCUUUUUAAAUUAAAAAGAUAUAAUAGCAGAGAGGAAAAAACCCUUCCCCCAUUUCAAAUUUCCUUACAAAAAAAAGGAAUAGGGAGUGUCAAUUUUUUCCUCUUUCCUCUGUGGAACGGGCCAACUUACCGUACACAUGCGGAUUUAAACGGGUUCAAGAGUGUCAAUUUUUUCAUUACGCCCUUUUAUUUCUCCGUGGUGAUAAAAUAUAUAUGAAGAGGCAAAAACAAUACUUCUUUUUAUUGCUAAAAAUAAAAAAUUUAACAAUAAACUAAUGCAUGGUAUCUAAUGGGCUAACCGCUAACCAUAAAAUAAAAGAGUUGAAUUGGUUUGACCUACACGGGAUUUGGCCAUCAAGUAAAACAAAUGAACAUCAUUGGUUUGACAUUCUAAAACAAGCUAUUUUCUCUGGCAUAAUAUAUUAUGCUAUUAUUUUAUAUCUUAGUGGCUAAAAUAUAAUGUAUUUUAAAGUUAUUCAUUCAACCUCGACCAACCCAAUUAGUCUAAUUUUUAUCAUUUCAAAUAUAUAUUAUAUAAUUAUUUGAUAUCAUAAUGAUCAAAUCAUAGUGUAUUUUAUAGGGAAUCGUUUGGUAUUUGUUAGUAAAAAACUAAACAGAAAGAUCUAUUUGGUUAUUUUAAACAUUAAAACGAUCCUAACAUUUUCAGUUCCUUUUGAAUUUCUAUGGUUUUAUUCCCGAAUAAGUGAUGUGCAAAUGGCAGUCAUCUCUUUUCUUUCACUAUUUUUUAUUUUCAAAUAAAAAGUUUAAAAGUAAAGAAUAAUUAGAAUUUGGCAUGGGUCGGUCAAACAGGCUGCAUUUCAAGUUUUGGCCCCUUUUGAUCAAGUCUAAUUUAUAAUCACAUGGUUCCCUGAUACCCGAUAAAAAUCUCAAUCCAAACCAGUUUGGCAGGUGAGUCCGUGUUUACCACCAUUUUCUAGGGAUACGACAACGACGGUUCCUAUCCCAAAUCGUGUUGUUCGUUCUUUAUUUCCUUAGAUUUUAUCAUAGCCUGAAAAAAACCAGAAAGCACAAUGACGACAAGAUGAAAGUUUUAUAAACCAAAUUAAUCGGCCAACGGGCCGAGUAAAAGCUAGCAACGAUUGUGAGAUGCUCAUUUCCCGAAAACCGACGGGAUAGGCGAUUUUUUAUUCGAUUUUCUAGAAUUCAGUUUCUAUAAAACUUACUCCACCUCAUCAUAUUACCAGAAACAAUAUUGUUUCACAAGGUAACAGGUACUUGAUUUUGGUUCAUAAGGCCGAUUUUUGAUUUGUUGCAUCAUUAAUGUCUCUUUCCUGCUAAAAUUCACUAUUUUUAUCACGUGUUUCCCAAAAAAACUAUACAACAAUAAGUUAUACACCCCAUUACAUUAUCAAAUUUCAUACCUCACCUUCCUCUAGGGAUGAAAACAAAAUCCGAACCCACGGGUACCCACCCUACCCAACUCGGUCAACGCAGGUAAAAUCCGUGUUGACGGGUUUUGGGCCGGGUUUGGGUUUAAACCCGUUCAAUAUUCAUCGGGUUGGGUUUGGGUUUAGGUAAACCCGACCCAUGGGUACCCGCCCACACUCAUAUAAUUAAUUUUCUCGAUAUAUUUAAUAUUUUAAACAACUUAUCUUAUUUAUGUUUGUGGAGACAUGUCUAAUUUUUUCUUUCUAAUUGUGUAGAAUGAAGUUGAUGUUAUUGA